UUGUCUUCUCCCCUCCCUCUCCCUCUCGCUCUGACUCUCUGACACAUCCUCCGAAGCAACAGCGCAGCAUCUCUGCACGCGAGCGCGACUCCCGACGACAGAUCGCUCCCUCCACCCCCGCCCUCGCACCGCCGCGCCUCCGCCCCGGAGCUAGGGUUCCCGAUCCCGCCGGCCGCGUCGGCGGAGGCCCAUGUCGGCGCCCGCGGCCCCCCGGAUCCGGGCGGCCUGACGCGGAUCCGCCGGACGGGGCGGGCGGGCGGGCGGGCCAUGGCGUCCUCGCCGGUCAAGUUCUUCUCGGUCUUCCUCGUCGUCUCCGUCAUCGGAUGGGUCGUCUUCACAUUUGCUGCGAGAUUGCUAGCUUGGUUCUUGAGCCGUGUAUUACGUGCUUCCGUUGCAUUUCGGGUCGCUGGGUUCAAUUGCUUGCGUGAUGUAACAGUAAAGUUUGACAAGGGUUCUCUUGAAUCCGUUUCAAUUGGUGAAAUAAAACUAAGUUUCCGCAAGUCACUGGUCAAACUAAGUUUCGGUGUCCUCUCGAAGGACCCAAAGGUGCAACUGCUGAUAAAUGAUCUUGAAAUUGUAACUAGACCAUCUUCACAUAGCAAAAAGAUAAGCAAAUCAGCAAAGCCUCGCUCGACAGGAAAAGGGAAAUGGUUGGUAACAUCAAGUAUGGCUAGACUUUUAUCAGUUUCCGUGGCAGAUCUGAUGAUCAAGGUACCAGAUGGUGCUGUUGACAUCAAAGAGCUAAAGGUGGACACAUUUAAAAUUGCCGGACCUAAUCAUAUUCUUGGUGUCAAGUUGCACAUAUUGCCUUUGAAUGUAUACGUUGGAGACUUUUGGUCGACUGCUGAUCCAAUGGGAAUCUGUAAUCAGCUUGAUGCUUUCCAGUCUGAUCAAGCUUCUCUAUCAAGUUCUGAGAAAUUUUUGGCUCCAUUUGUUUGUGAAGAUUUGCUGGUAACUUGUGAGUUUGGUCACGAAAAGGAAAGAGGUGUUAAAAUUGUUAAUCUCGAAUUGAAAUGCGGAGAUGUGACUGCCAACAUUGAUGAACGACUCUUUUACAAGAAACAUAAAAAGCCAGAGAAUAAUGGUGUCUCUGAGAAUGCUGGAGGUGCUAUCGUCGGUACUUCAUCAACCAAACAGCCUUCAAAAAGCAAAUCCAUUUUACCAGCAUUGAAGAAGCAGAUGCUUGUGUUUCCAGAUAAGGUUAGCUUCAGUGUGCCAAAGCUUGAUGUGAAGUUCACACACCUGGGUAAAGGGCUUAGUGUUGACAACAAUGUUAUGGGUAUUCACUUCACCAGUACGAAAUCCCUGCCACAGGACGAUCUAGAGGAAGCUACGCCACACUUCGAUGUUCAACUCGAUCUUAGUGAGAUUCAUUUAGUUAGAGAAGACUCAAGCUCUCUGUUGGAAGUUCUUAAAGUUGCUGUGGUAGCUUCUUUGGAUGUUCCUGUGGACCCACUUCUUCCAAUCAGAGUCGAAAUCGAUGCCAAGCUUGGUGGCACACAGUGCAAUCUUAUGUUGAGCAGAUUGAUGCCAUGGAUGUGCCUUCAUUCUUUGAGAACCAAAGGAAUGAAGCUUUCCAAGGCAAACUCCCAUCAAGAAAUUUCUCAAACAAAGGAGAGCAAACCAAUUAUGUGGACUUGCACAGUCUCUGCCCCAGAAAUGACUGUUAUGCUUUACAGCCCUAGUGGGCUGGUAUUGUAUCAUGCCUGUUGCCAGUCAUCACAUGUAUUUGCAAAUAACAUUGCAAGCAAGGGGAUUCAGAUACACACUGAAUUUGGUGAAAUGCUGGUGCACAUGGAAGAUGGUUAUAAGGAAAACAUAUUUGGUGUUGAUACUUACUCUGGCUCCUUAAUGCACAUUGCUCGGGUGAGCCUUGAUUGGGGAUACAGAGAAAUUGACGUCCAAGAUAUGGCUGAAACUAGUAGACUUGCUCUUGUAUUUUCCAUCGAUAUCAGUGGCAUAGGAGUAAAGUUUGGCUUCAAGCAUUUGGAAUCUCUUAUUCUCAAUUUGAUGUCCUUUAGAGCUCUAUUUAAGGAUCUUUCAUCCUCUCGGGAAAAGGAUAAAGAAAAAAAUUUGGAGGAUAGAGGGAAAAAGAAAACAAAAGGCGUUGAAAUAUUGAAAUUAAGCCUACAAAAGUUUUCUAUUACUUACAGUGGUGAUAUAAAUAUAUUAAAUAUGCCAAUUGCUGAUCCAAAGCGUGUGAACUAUGGCACUCAAGGUGGUAAAGUAAUUGUUGAUGUUUCUGCUGAUGGCACACAACGUAGGGCAAGUAUAACUUCGGAACCACCAGGCAUUGGCCGCAACUUGAGGUUCACUGCAUCUUUAGUUAUCUCUCAUCUCUCUGUAUGUAUAGACAAGGAGAAAAAGUCAACAGAAGCAGAGUUGGAACGGGUGAAAGCAAUGUACGAGGAGGAUCAUAGCUCUGGUGUCAAAGUGACCUUACUAGAUAUGCAGAAUGCUAAAAUUGUUCGCAGAUCCGGUGGCCUUGCAGAUGUUGCUGUUUGUUGCCUCUUCAGUGCAACAGACAUUAAUAUCAGAUGGGAACCUGAUGCUCAUUUAGCACUGUUUGAGACCUUUCUUCGCUUUAAGUGUUUUCUGCAUCAUAACAAGAUUCAGAGUUCUGAGAAGCUGAUCAAUACUGAAACUGUCAGUAUCAAAGAGAGUCAGCAUGUCAACAUAGCUGUUGGUUCAGUGAAACCGAAGUCUGACAAAAGAAGCUCAAUUUUUGCUGUUGAUGUGGAAGUGCUGAGAUUGUCUGCUGAGCUUGCAGAUGGUGUUGAAGCAAACAUGCAUGUACAAUCUAUCUUCACUGAGAAUGCCAAGAUAGGUGUAUUAUCGGAGGGUCUUUCUCUCAGUCUUAAUGGUGCCAGGGUUCUAAAGAGCACACGAAUUCAGGUCUCAUGUAUUCCUUUUGGUACUGCAAAUUCUCUCAGUGCAAAGGUUGAACCAUCACCCAAGAGAGAUUGGGUCGUUCAAGGGCUAGAUGUCCAUAUUUGCAUGCCAUACAGGUUACCGUUGCGUGCCAUAGAGGAUGCUGUUGAAGAUAUGAUUCGUGCCCUAAAGCUUCUUUCUGCUGCCAAAAGAAGUAUAUUGUUUCCUGAUGGGAAAGAGAACUUGAAAAAGGUUAAGUCUGGAGCUUCCAGUUUUGGAUCUGUAAAGUUUGUAUUGCGUAAACUCACGGCAGAAAUAGAGGAGGAGCCCAUACAGGGUUGGCUUGAUGAACAUUACUAUUUGAUGAGGAACAAAACCUGUGAAUCUGGUGUUAGGUUGAAGUUUCUUGAUGAAGCUAUAUCAGGAAGUGUAGACUCUAGUCACUGCAGCUCUGAGGGAAAAGUUCUCUAUGAUGGUGUUGAGGUGGACGUGCAUGAUACUGCAGCUCUUCAAAAGCUGCAGGAAGAAAUCCAUAAGAAAGCAUUUCGAUCUUAUUAUGUGGCUUGUCAGAAGAAGGUAUUUGCAGAAGGGUCGGGAGCGUGUGCAGAAGGUUUCCAAGCUGGAUUCAAGCCAAGUUCACGGAGAGCUUCACUUCUUUCACUUGUAGCUUCUGAACUGGAUAUUACCUUGACCAGGAUAAAUGGUGGAGAUAUAGAAAUGAUUGAAUUUAUAAGGGGACUUGACCCUGUUUCUCAGGAGAAAGACAUACCGUUCUCUCGACUAUAUGGGAGUGAUAUUGCUCUCCUUGCUGGGUCCUUGGUCAUACAAGUGAGAGACUAUACUUCUCCUCUCUUUUCUGCAACCAGUGGGAAAUGUGAAGGUCGUGUUGUGCUUGCCCAGCAGGCGACAUGUUUUCAACCCCAAAUACACCAAGAUGUAUAUAUUGGCAGAUGGCACAAGGUUACCAUGCUACGUUCUGCUAGUGGUACCACACCAGCAAUUAAAAUGUACUCCAAUUUACCUGUUCAUUUCCAGAGAGGAGAGAUUUCUUUUGGUGUUGGUUAUGAGCCAUCUUUUGCUGAUAUAAGUUAUGCAUUUCAAGUAGCCCUACGGAGAGUUAAUCUUAGCUCCAGAGAUAAAAACUCUGGUGCAGCAAACCAACCACCUAAAAAGGAACGCAGCUUGCCAUGGUGGGAUGACAUGAGAUAUUACAUCCAUGGAAAGAUAAUUUUGUAUUUCAAUGAGACAAAGUGGAAGAUCCUGGCAACAACUAAUCCUUAUGAGAAGGUAGACAGACUGCAAAUUGUUUCUGAAUACAUGGAAAUCCAGCAAACAGAUGGGCAUGUAGAUAUCUCCGCAAAGGAAUUCAGGAUGUAUAUCAGCAGCUUAGAGAGCAUGAUGAAGAAUUGCAGCUUAAAAGUGCCAUCUGGUGUGCCCAGCCCUUUUAUUUAUGCUCCUCUGUUCUCCCUUAAUGUGAUUAUUGACUGGCAGUGUGAAUCUGGCAACCCUUUGAAUCAUUAUCUGCAUGCACUCCCUAUUGAGGGUGAGCCGAGGAAGAAGGUUUAUGAUCCAUUUCGAUCUACUUAUCUCUCUCUUAGGUGGAACUUUUCCCUUAGACCUAUGCAAGUGCAGUCUGAUAAUGAUACAUCAUCUUCGACUUAUGCAAACAGUUCAAUGCUAUGUGGAACCGCCUUCAGUAGUUGCUCCAGAAUGGCUGAUGUUGAUUUCCCUACGAUGAACCUUGGUGCCCAUGACCUUGCUUGGGUUUUCAAAUGGUGGAGCUUAAACUACAGCCCCCCGCACAAACUGCGUUCUUUCUCUAGAUGGCCUCGAUAUAAAAUUCCCCGAGCUGCUAGAUCUGGUAACCUCUCGAUGGAUAAAGUUCUGGUUGAGUUCUUUUUUCGGGUUGAUGCUACUCCCUGUUGCAUAAGACAUGCAACUUUAACUGAAGAUGAUCCUGCCAGUGGCUUGACCUUUAAAAUGUCAAGUUUGAAGUAUGAACUGUGUUACAGUCGAGGUAAACAGAAAUACACGUUUGAUUGCAAGCGUGAACCUCUGGAUCUUGUAUAUCGCGGUCUUGAUCUUUAUAGCCCAGAGGUUUAUCUAGUGAGAGAUGUUAACUUGUCCUCAGCUGAAAAUGUGUCCAAAUUAAAGACUACUACCCAGUCACAUGGCAAAGUUGCGAAUGACAAAUGCAGCAUUGGCAGUUCUCAAGAAAAACACGAGGAUGGUUUCCUCUUGUCUUCUGAUUAUUUCACAAUAAGAAGACAAGCUCCAAAGGCAGAUCCUGCAAGACUUAUGGAAUGGCAGGAUGCUGGUAGGAAUCUUGAAAUAACAUAUGUCAGAUCUGAGUUUGAGAAUGGCAGCGAAAGUGACCAUAGUCUAUCCGAGCAUAGUGAUGAUGAUGAUGGUUUCAAUGUGGUGUUGGCAGACAAUUGCCAACGGGUAUUUGUGUAUGGUCUUAGGCUCUUAUGGACCAUUGAGAAUCGUGAUGCAGUUUGGUCAUGGGUUGGAGGAAUUUCCAAAGCAUUUGAACCUCCAAAACCUUCUCCUUCGCGGCAAUAUGCACAAAGAAAGAUGAUUGAGGAAAGGCAGAAUGCAGAUAGCUCUGGAUUAGUUCAAGAGGCUACCUCCUCUAUCCAUGUUGGUUCUCCUUCGGUGCAAUACACUGAAGCUCUGGGCUCUACUUCCCCAUUACAUAAUAAAGCCAAUCGCUCCUCUGAUAUAGCAGUGAAGUAUGGCAUGUUUGAUGAAUUGGAUAAGGGAGGGAAUCUCCAUUUUAUGGUUAAUGUUGUCAAGCCCCAGUUCAACCUACAUUCUGAAGAAGCCAAUGGUAGGUUCCUACUUGCCGCAGCCAGCGGGCGUGUCAUGGCACGCUCAUUUCAUUCAGUUGUUCAUGUUGGGAAAGAGAUGCUAGAACAAGCACUGGGGACAAGCAGUCUACACAUUCCCGAGCUACAACCUGAAAUGACCUGGAAAAAAGCUGAUCUCUCGGUGAUUCUGAAAGAUGUUCAGGCUCAUGUUGCACCGACGGAUGUGGACCCUGGUGCGGGCCUGCAGUGGCUUCCUCGUAUUCUCGGUAGUUCAGAGAAAUUGAAACGCACAGGUGCCUUGUUAGAGAGAGUAUUUAUGCCUUGCCAGAUGUACUUCCGUUAUACUCGGCACAAGGGUGGAACUGCAGACUUGAAGGUUAAGCCGUUAAAGGAGUUACGUUUCAAUUCUCCAAACAUUACUGCAACAAUGACUUCACGCCAGUUUCAAGUUAUGUUGGAUGUGCUUAGCAAUCUCUUGUUUGCAAGACUUCCCAAGCCUCGGAAAAACAGUCUUCAGUAUCCAUCAGAUGACGAAGAUGUUGAAGAAGAGGCUGAUGAGGUGGUUCCUGAUGGAGUAGAAGAGGUGGAGCUUGCAAAAAUUAAUCUCGAACAGAGGGAAAGGGAGAGAAAGUUACUGCUUGAUGAUAUAAGAUCCCUAGCUGGAACCGGUGAUAGUCAUACCGGCCAUCUUUCUGCAGAAAGCGAUAAUUCUUUCUGGAUGAUUAACAGUGGAAAAGCUUCACUGGUGGAAGGACUGAAGAGAGAUCUUCUAAAUCUCCAGAAGUCACGAAAAUUUGCAUCGUCUGCAUUAAGGAAAGCACUACAAAAGGCUGCCCAAUUACGCUUGAUGGAGAAAGAAAAGAACAAAACCCCAUCAUGUGCCAUGCGAAUUUCUAUGAAAAUUAGCAAAGUUGUAUGGAGCAUGCUUGCAGAUGGGAAUACUUUUGCUGAAGCUGAGAUCAGCGAUAUGGUAUAUGAUUUUGAUCGUGACUACAAAGACAUUGGUGUUGCUCGGUUUACAACUAAGUAUUUUGUGGUGAGGAAUUGCAUGGCUAAUGCCAAAUGCGAUACAUUGUUGUCUGCGUGGAAUGCACCUCCAGAAAAAGGUGUCAUGCUUCGUGUGGAUGCGAAGCAAGGUGCUCCAAAGGAUGGAAAUUCCCCGCUUGAGCUCUUUCAGGUGGACAUAUACCCACUGAAAAUAUAUCUGCCUGAAACAAUGUAUAGAAUGAUGUGGGAUUAUUUCUUUCCCGAGGAAGAUGAUUCUCAAAGACGUCAGGAUAUUUGGAGAGUCUCAACAUCAACUGGAUCUAGAAGAACUAGAAGAAUGUCUUCCGGUGCUGAUUCUGUUGCUUCUACCAGCUACUCUGUCAGGGAGCAUGAGCUUCCUGGGAGAUCAGGCACAAACGUAUCCACUUCAAUAAACGUCUCAAGUUGGCAAGGCGUACAUGGAGAGAAUUCACAGGUAUCUAAGUUGCAGAGUCUAAAAGCCAAUAUGGUCUGUGGUUCACAUCCUGAGUUACGGCGGACAUCUUCCUUUGAAAGGACUUGGGAAGAAAGUGCGGUAGAAAAUAUCACAAAUAAUGAUGUGGUAUCACUAUCAUUGCUGAAUUCUUCGAACAUUUCUUCAAAAGGCGACAACUAUUCUAUGGCAGAGAACCCUGUUGCUGCUACUGAGAUGUUCAGGAGUAAGACUAAAGAAUCCAAAUCCAUCAAGUCUGCCCGUUUAUCUCACGAGGAAAAGAAAAUAGGAAAACCUCAUGAAGAAAAAAGGACAAGAGCUCGGAGAUUGAUGGAAUUUCAUAAUAUCAAGAUUAGCCAGGUUGAACUUCUUGUUACAUACGAGGGAUCAAGGCUUGCAAUAAAUGACCUAAGGCUGCUUAUGGAUACUUUCCACCGUGAAGAGUUUACUGGUACUUGGAGGAGAUUGUUCUCAAGAGUAAAAAAGCAUAUCAUUUGGGGUGUUCUAAAAUCAGUGACUGGGAUGCAGGGGAAGAAGUUUAAGGCCCAGAACCAGAAGGAAACACUUGAUGGUACUGUUCCUGAAAAUGAUCUUAAUUUCAGCGACAGUGAUGGCAGUAAUCAUGGAAAACCUGACCAGUUCACAGCAUCAUGGUUGAAGAGGCCGGGUGACGGUGCAGGUGAUGGAUUCGUCACAUCGAUUAGAGGUCUAUUCAAUUCGCAACGCCGUAGAGCAAAGGCAUUUGUGGUGCGGGCGAUGCGAGGUGAUGGAGACAAUGAAUACCAUGACGAGGGGAGUGAGAGUGAUGGAGAGUAUCCUUUUGCUAGACAGCUCACAAUUACAAAAGCUAAAAAGCUUCUUCGAAGAAAGUUCCGCCCAAGAGGGCAAAAGAUCAUAGGACCAACAUUGCAAGAUUCUCUCCCGUCUAGUCCACGCGAAACAACUCCAUACCAGAGUGAGUCGUCAGAGUCAUCUUAUGAGGACUUCCACGAGUCGUGAAGCGAUGCGGGCAGGUCAUGAGAUAUGCACAACAGACCGCGCAAAAUGUUGCAAACUCCAAACAAGUACUAUUCCACACAAAGGAAGUUGGAUAGUCAUUGCUGAGCUGUAUAGUUCUACAUGCUGUGAGGUGCGUAGUCUUUGGGGUAGCUUUGGAAAACUCCCCCUUGUAUAUAUAGUAGGGUGGCGGAGACAGUGGAGGACUAUGUAUUGUGUGUGUAGUCAGCAGUCAGGUGUAUCUGUAGAAAUGUUAGAUCUAGCCAUAACUAUAUUGGCCUUGUAAGUUAGAUAAGAGGCCUUCUCAUACUUCCUGGAAUAGUUGUGAAACUAAUAUCUUUUUUAUUUUGACAAAUGGCCAUUUGAUUCU